GGGUUACAAACCGCCAUUAAACCGCAGAAGAGGACGAUUUCCAUGCUUGUAUGUUGGCACGUAGUAAUCACAGUUUUGUAUUUCUCAUGGUUUUAACAAGUUAAUUAACAAAGGUGCGAGGGGUGAAAUGUCUCGAUUAAUCAUCAAGAAUCUCCCGAACGGGAUGAAGGAGGAGAGAUUCCGCGGAAUGUUCUCUGCAUUUGGGACUGUGACAGAUUGUGGCCUGAAGUUCACCAAGGAUGGAAAGUUUCGCAAGUUUGGCUUUGUGGGUUUUCGAACAGAAGAAGAAGCGGAGAGAGCUAUGAAACAUUUCAAUAAGAGCUUUGUGGACACCUCCAAAGUGACGGUGGAAUGGUGCAAGUCCUUUGGUGACCCCACUAAGGCCAAGGCCUGGAGCAAGCACACCCAACAACCCAAGCCUGACUGCAAUCACAAACAGUAUCUGGAGGAAUCAAAAAUGGACAAGAAGAAUAAAAAGAAAGAUGUUCCAGCUCUUCUUGGACAGUUGGAACAGGAGGAAGGCUUCCAGGAGUUUGUCGCUGUUCACCAGAACCGCACCCAGGUUCCCACAUGGGCUAAUGACACACUCACUGAUGGAGCUGUUCCUAGCAAUAACAGGGAGGGACAGAAGAAAAGGAAGGAGACAAAGAAUCAAGCAAUCAUUGAAGACUACCUCAACUUUGACUCAGACCACUCUGUCGACAUGAGCCCAGAUGAGGAUGAAGAGGACGAGGCAGAUAGAAAAAGGCCUACAAAGGAGGCUCUGAAGACUACCCUGUCAGAUAUGGAUUACCUGCGCUCCAAGGUGGUGACAAUUUCAGGAGAGAACAACGAAGGAGAUGCUAAUGCUGAUGGUUGUGAUAAACCUGACGACAAUAGAGAGGAGAAGCACAGCAAAACAUCAAAGCAAGAGAUGGAGCCUACCACAGAUUUCACUGUGAAGCUCAGAGGAACUCCGUUCAAUGUCAAGGAGCAACAAGUAUGUGAAUUUAUGGCACCACUGAAACCUGUGGCCAUCCGUAUUGUGAAGAAUACCCAUGGCAACAAGACAGGGUAUGUGUAUGUGGACUUGUGUUCUCAGGAGGAGGUGGAUAAGGCCCUACGAAAGAAUAAGGACUAUAUAGGGGGCCGUUAUAUUGAAGUUUUCCAAGCCAGUGGUGUCAGCAACGGCAGGAAAGGGACUGGGAUGAAGAAGCAGGACACUCAGCUGCAAACAUUCCAGCGGGUGCUAAAAGAGGAUGAAGAGGAGGAAGAUGUGUCUGAGUCUGGCCGACUCUUUGUCAGAAACCUGUCCUACACCUGCACUGAGCAGGAAUUGACCGACAUUUUCACUAAGCAUGGUCCUUUGUCGGAGGUGCACUUCCCUAUUGACAGCUUGUCUAAGAAGCCCAAAGGCUUUGCCUUCAUCACCUACAUGAUGCCAGAACAUGCUGUGACAGCACUAGCUGACCUAGAUGGGCACAUCUUCCAGGGGCGCAUGCUGCACAUCCUGCCUUCCACAGUGAAAAAGGAGAAGUCUGAUCAGAGCCCUUGUACCCCUGGCUCCUCUUCCUACAAGAAGAAGAAAGAUGCCAAGCUCAAGGCAGGCAGUACCAGCGCGCACAAUUGGAACACAUUAUUUCUGGGGGCUAAUGCAGUCGCUGACGCCAUUGCUGAAAAAUACAACACCACAAAGAGCCAUGUGCUUGACCAUGAAUCUCAAGGGAGUGUGGCUGUGCGGAUGGCUCUUGGUGAGACCCAGAUUGUCCAGGAGACUCGGCAGUUUCUUCUGGACAACCACAUCUGCCUAGACUCCUUCAGCCAGGCUUCAGGCCCUCGCAGUACCUCAGUCCUGCUGGUGAAGAACCUUCCGGCAGACAUCCAGGUCUCUGAGUUGGAGGCCCUAUUCUCACUCCAUGGCUCCCUGGGCCGUGUCCUUCUGCCCCCCUCUGGCCUGACUGCCAUCGUGGAAUACUUGGAGCCUACUGAGGCAAAGCGGGCCUUCACUAAACUGGCUUACACCAAGUUCCAGCAUGUUCCUCUGUAUUUGGAGUGGGCUCCAGUGGGCAUCUUCUCUGCACCCCUUCCCUGCAAGGCAGAGAACCACCCUGCAGAAAGUGGGCCAGAGUCCCAUAAUGCAGUCUCUGCUGCUGAACAGUUCAGUGAUGAGGAGAGUGUGCCAGGCUCCACACUCUUCAUAAAGAACCUCAACUUCAGCACCACUGAAGAGACUCUCAGGGAGGCCUUUUCCAAGUGCGGUGCUGUGAAGAACUGUACAAUCUCCAAGAAGAAAGACAAAAUGGGUCAACUGCUGUCAAUGGGCUAUGGCUUUGUGGUGUACAAGAGCCCCCAAGUAGCACAGACGGCCUUGAGACAACUUCAGCACUGCACUGUGGAUAACCACCAGCUGGAACUGAAGAUCUCAGAGAGAGCCACCAGACCCGCCACAGUCAGCUCUCGCAAGAAGCAGACAGCCAAGAAGCAGACCUCCUCAAAAAUCCUGGUGCGCAACAUCCCCUUCCAGGCCACUGUUCGGGAGCUGCGGGAGCUCUUCAGCACAUUUGGGGAGCUGAAGACUGUGCGCUUACCCAGGAAAGUUGGUGGGACAGGGUCACAUCGGGGGUUUGGGUUUGUGGAUUUCCUCACCAAACAGGACGCCAAGAAAGCUUUUACUGCUCUGUGCCAUAGUACCCAUCUUUACGGCCGGCGUCUAGUUCUGGAGUGGGCUGAUUCAGAGGAGACUGUAGAAACUCUCAGAAGGAAGACAGCCCAACACUUCCAUGAACAUCUGCAUCAACAUCAACCUUGAAAAAGCAAUGUUGAUUAACAUCUCAUCUCAUAUUUUAAGAUGCACCUAAGAAGAGGAAGCAGUCAGAGGUGUUGGAGGGGAUCCUGGAGGGCUUAGAGAGGGGAGAAGAGGAGAACUGAAGGAAAGAAGCAUGACGACAGGAAUAUAUUUACAGACCUAAAAGAACAGUUUGGUUUUAGGGCCUGCUUUAGUGGAAAUUUUGCAGAGAAUUGAAUAAAGCAGGCAAAUCAUGUGUGCAUAGCAGUUGUCAUUGGAAAUUUAAUGGUUUUACAACUGUACAGUUUAUAACUUUUGGAUAGUAAUGCUUUGUAAAUGUUUUUAAUUUUUAUUUUUCCACCAGUGAUGUGACCAGUUUCAUUGUGUGUGAGCACAGUAUACUGCAGUGCAAUAUCAGGUCAUAUUUGCAACUGAAUUUGUCCCGUUUAAGCAGAUUUUAAAUUUAAUUUAAUGUAUAUUUCUCUAAGAGAAUCUUAUGUCAUAAUUUACAUUUUUUGAAAAGCGUGUGAUUCAUUCAUGUUUCUUGUGUCAUUUGAAAACCCAGUUCUUGUUGUUCUAGCAAUAGCAUCAUGCAAAGCUGUUUAUGCCAUGAAAAGAAUAGUAAAAUAUGAUAUGCAAAGUCUCCAAAAGCCAUUUACAAUCACAAAAAUAAUUUAACAUUGCAAAACUAGAGCAGGGAGAGUUUCAUGGAAAACAGUAUAAGGCAAGCACUGCUCUCAAUGUUUUUCAAGUAGCAGUCAGUAACAGAACUAGCAGUUUUUUAAAAAUUGUUCUGUAUGCAUUUCAUUGCCUGGGACUUUAAAGCUGUUUGAGUAUAUUUGUUGGUUAUUUCCCCAUUUAAGUCAAAGUCAUAUGGAAUUCUAUGCUUUUGCUCCUUUGUCUCCUUUAUUGCGCUUUAUUGCAGGUGUUUAAGCUGUUACCUGAUGACCAACUGCUGCAGUAGAAAGACUUUAUGCAGGAUAUAAUUAUAUUUGGUGAUUUAAUUUGUUUUCUACUGUAGUCUGUAUCCACAAGAUUCCUGAAGUCUGAGUUUUCUGAGCCUUCCUUAUGAACCAUAUACUACCAAAUCCUGAUAUAUGAUAUUCAUCUAUCAUCUUCAUAGGAAUAAUAAUUUUUAAAAAUAAAUAAAUGUAAAUAUAUAUUUAUCCACGAUAUUUCAAACCCCCAUGAUUCCUUGUGCGAAUAUGGGUGAAAUUUCCGGUAUAACGUUACCAUGUGUGGGUGUUUAUGAUAUAGGAGCGCAUUUGUUGUGGUUGAAUAAUGAAUAACAAGCUAUACACUGCGGUUAUUUUUCUAACAUGAUUAUGUAACGUUAGCGACGUUAUCAAUACUUUACUGACAUUGAUGUAGCUAACGUUAGCUAGCUAAGUUAUUAAUAUGGCAGGCAUAUUUUACUGACAUGAUGUAACAUUAGCUAAGUUAUCGAUAGCUACGACUGGCAUAUUUUACUGGUACAUGUUAUCAUGUUAGCUGUAUAUGUAACGUUAGCUAAGUUUAUCAAUAUUGACUGCUGUAACAUUUAAGUUACCUGUCACUAUGUCAACAACAACGCUUCUCUCCAGCAGCCUCCUCUUCUUGGGAGGUUUGUACUCAUAUCCGAGCCAUAGUGUAGGGUAGGGGUUUAGGGCUGUUGGCAUCUUAUCCACAAAGUGGAAGGAACAAACAUACAGAGUUUUGGGUGGCGACUUCAACUUCAGACAGCUCGGCCACAUUCUCCUCCUCUUCACCACACGGUAGCUUGUGAAACGAGUACCAUGGAGGACAGGGGCAUUCCGCCUUUUUGGUUGGAUGGUGCUCAUAACACGUUUGAUCUAGCCAAUUGUUUAACCUUGUCGUAUUAUCGUGGCAGCCUUUCACUGCACAAGUUGUGCCUGAACUCCUGUUUCUGGGCAUUGUUGUCGCAGGGUUAACGUUAGCUCAAGCUAGUAGCUAGUAACGUUAUCAAUCUAGUAUUUACACAGUUGAUUGUUAGGACUGGUAACUAGGUGAUAACCGGAAGUUCCGCCCACGUUUUGACUACUAUGGCCACACACACUGAUUCAUUAAGAAAUAUCGUGGAUAUAAAUUUUAGUUGUGAAAUAAUGGAGCCGACCUGAAAGCAAAGUUUAUAUAAAAAAACACAUUUUUAUCCUCAGAAUGUAUACUGCUGCCAAUAGCCAGGGACACCAGGUUGGAUCUGGCAGUCACUGGCUAGCUACAGUAUCUGGCACCUAUCUCUCUGCAGUGAUUUAAACGAGUCUGCGCCGUCAAAAUCAAUCUUAUGUCCAUUUAGGUUGGGAUAAUGGUCCAACUAUUCACUUAGCUACUUGUUUGGAGACUUGCUUAAGAUGGCUGUUUCUUUUGCUACUCGCUUCGUGACAGGUUGGGCUACUGACAUUGUGAAUCAUUUAGCUGUUGGUUGGAUCUUUGGAACAGUUCUAAUUGCUUCAACAAGAGUUUAAUGAUUUGAUAUUUAGUUUGGUCCUUUCAUCUUUAUAAGUUUGUCCAGUUGCUUUGCAAAUUGGUUGCGUAAUGCAAUUCUCAAUAAAGUCUGUUUAAAUUCA